ACUGUUACGUUGCUGGAAACUGCAAAAUUGAAAGGCUACAAUCGGAAACCAAAAUAUUUUGUUGUUCGGCUUAAUGUUUAACCCUGCAACGCUGUUAUAUGUUCAGAUUACAGUGUGCUCAGUAACAUCCACACUGCAAUUGUGGAAAUAACCCUGCUAUUUUAUUGCGUGAUCAAAAUCAUUCAAAAAUAGUCCACUGAAAACCAUGUCCCAAACAUCACUCAACUGUGCAACAAAAACAUAUACAAAUGCAGUUCACGGUCUCAAGCAAGAGAAGGAUUCAUAUCAAUGCUACACAAGUAUUGAAGUCACAACAAGAAGGAAGAUUCAGUGCCAUUAAUAUAAUAGCAUUAUGUAGAGAAGGAAAACUAAAGGAAGCCAUAGCCAUUUCGCGGCAGGAGUCUGCAGAAGUCAAUACCGCUGUUUUUGCAUCUCUGUUGCAGGCAUGUGGAAAGAUCAAAGGCUUAAAACAAGGUAAGUAUGUGCAUACACACAUCAUCAAAGUUGGAUGGAGGCCUGAUACAUUCCUAUGGAAUAAUGUUCUCAAUAUGUAUGCAAAAUGUGGAGAUUUAAAGGAUGCGCGCAGAGUGUUUGACAAAAUGCCUCAACGAAGCAUCAUCUCCUGGACCUCAAUGAUCAAUGCAUAUAGUCAAGGUAGGAAAGCAGGCGAAGCCCUGAACAUUUUCGAGCAAAUGCAACAUGAAGGCAUUGAACCAAAUCAUUAUACUUAUUCUAGUAUCAUUAAGGCUUGUGCCAGUCUUGGUCAAAAGGCUCUGGACCGUGGAAGAUAUGUCCAUGAUCUGAUUCUUAGAACUGGAUUUGAAUUAGAUGUGGUUGUUAUGAAUGCGCUGGUUGAUAUGUAUGCGAAAUGUGGUUCGAUUUGGGAUGCACGCCAGGUGUUUGACAAAAUGUCUGAACGGAAUGUGGUCUCAUGGAAUUCUAUGAUAGUGGGAUAUUGCCAGAAGGGAAAUGUCGGGGAGGCAAUGAAAUUGUUUUCUCAGAUGCCUGAACUUGACAUGUUCUCGUUGAAUACAAUGAUUGCGGGCUUGGCACAGAAUGGGUUCGAAGAUGAGGCAUUGAAGUUUUAUGUUCAAAUGCAAGAGAUGGGCAUGAAACCAGACAAAUUUACCUUUUCCAGUGUGUUAAGGGCUUGUACAAGUCUAGCUGCAUUGGAACAUGGAAAGCAGAUUCAUGGACACAUUAUUCUAACUGGGCUUGAGUCAGACAUCACUGGAGUUACUGCCCUUGUUGAUAUGUAUGCCAAAUGUACAAAUUUAGAAAACGCGCAGAAAUUGUUUAGUAAACUGUCAAACCAAAGUUUGGUGUCUAAGAGGGAGCCAACUGCAAUAUGUGACAGCAGACAUCCCUAUGAGGCAAUGGAGUUUGACUCUGGUAGGACUAAACCGAAUAUUGUCUCAUGGAAUGCUAUGGUUGCAGGGUAUUCUCAAAAUGGAUGUGGUGACAAGGCUUUGAAUCUCUUUUACCAAAUGCAACAGGAAAACCUAGAGCCAGACCAUUUUACAUUUGGUAGUGUUUUAAGGGCAUGCGGUAGUGUAUUUGAUGUAGAAAAGGGGAAGCAGAUACAUAAUUACAUCAUUAAAACUGGGUAUGAAGCUGAUAUCAUUGUGGGAAGUGCUCUUGUCGAUAUGUAUGCCAAAUGCAAGAUUAUGGCAGAUGCAUGCAAAGUGUUUGACGUGCUUUUUGAACGAGACACAAUCACAUGGACUAUUAUAAUUGUUGGGUGUGCUCAGCAUGGGUGGAAUAAAGUCGCCCUUCAAUAUUUUGGAGAAAUGCUACGGAGGGGUGUAAAAUCGGAUCAGUUCACCGUUGCCAGUGCUCUUAGUGCAUGUGCCAAUUUAGCAGCUUUGGAACAAGGCAAACAAGUUCAUACUCACUUAAUAGUAAGUGGCUUUGAAUCAAAUAUUACUGCAGGGAGCGCACUUAUUGACAUGUACACCAAAUGUGGUAGUAUGACGGAUGCACACAUAGCAAUUGAUGAAAUAAAUAGCCAAAAUUCUGUCUUGCAGCCUAUCAUGGUUGCAGGAAACUCUCAACGUGGACAAGGCGAUGUGGUUGUAGGGAGCGCCCUUGUUGACAUGUACUCCAAGUGUGGAGAUUUAGAAAAUGCGUACAAGAUAUUUGGAAAAUUGCGUGAACGAGAUGUGGUUUCAUGGACUUCAAUGAUCGGAGGAUUAGCUCAGCAUGGACGAGGAAUGGAAGCACUUCAACUUUUUCAGCAAAUGUUACAGGCUGGCCUAAAGCCAAAUGCGAUCACCUUUGUAGGUGUUCUUUCAGCUUGCAGCCAUUCUGGUCUAGUGGAUGAAGGACUCCACUAUUUUGAUAUUAUGAGUAAAGAAUAUGGAAUUACUCCAAGAAAAGAACAUUAUUCCUGCCUUGUUGACCUUCUUGGCCGUGCUGGUUGCCUUCAGGAAGCACAUGACUUUAUUAAUAGAAUGCCAGUUGAAGCUGAUGCUUCAAUAUGGAGCAACUUUCUUGGUGCUUGCAGAGUACAUGGAAAUAUGGAUUUAGGCAAACAUGCUGCAGAGUGCCUUCUUGAGAUGAAAGAGCAUGAUGCAUCAACUUAUGUGGUAUUGGCAAAUAUCUAUGCAGCAGUGGGCAGGUGGGAUGAUGCUGCCAAAAUAAGGAGUAUGAUGCAAGAGAGGGGCAUUAAGAAGAAACCUGGAUACAGCUGGAUUGAGAUUAAGAACAAGAUACACACAUUUGUUGUGGGAGACAUGGCACAUCCACAAAAUGAGGAGAUACAUAGUAAUCUAGAUUCAAUUGCUGUGCAGAUAAAUCAGACACAGUUUAUACCCAGUUCAAAUCUUUUUUGGUAUGGUGUGGAGGACUAGUAACUUGAUUCUAUCGCCAUAUGAAUAAGCUUUAACCCCAAUCACGACCCCUGAAAUGAUGAUUUUUGUUUGACUUAGUGUGUGGUGCGAUCGUCCUCACUGGUCAGCAUAAUGUUCAGUUCCAAAAUAGCUUUGAAAGGAAUCGUUUAUAUGGAGGCUGACCAUUUACACCAUGUAAACAAUGGACAAUUUUCUUACUUGGGGUUUGUAUGUGAAAGGAAUCGGCAAAACCAACAAAUUUUGGCAUUGUAUUUUACACGUCUUAAGAUUAAUGUGACUUGAGAUUUUCAAGGAUAAACAUUUUUGAGAAUG